GUCCAGUGAGCCGCACGUGAGGUAGAUGAUUCGCGUUUCUAUACCGAGAUUAGACACGAUCGGUGAUAAAUUGUGCGCGUUUUGUCAAAGUAGUGACUUCCAAAUCGAUCCUGAGUAUUAAAAUUAAAACAUCACUUAUCAAAAAAUGAGGCAUCGGUUUUACUGGGAAAUGUUGCUGGAUUAAAAGCGGAAGAGGAGUAACAAAAUCGAUCGAGCAAUUUAAGAAUGUAAUGGCAUAAAGCGAAGGAACAAUCGAUCGGCAGUAUGUGUUAUGUGAUAGUCACUGGACGUAGUCUGCUAUGGACGCUCUUGUCUCUGGCAGCAUUGAUGGCGGUUUUAUCGGGCCUCAUCACUCCCAGAUGGCUCGUGGGACCACCGACAAUUAAGGAUACGAAAAACGGCACGGAACUGUAUACACCGACAGUCGGGAUCUUUAAUCGUUGCACGAGAUUAUUCGGCAAGAUGCAUUGCGCUAAUUUUAACGUGGACGGUUUCGCGACGGAUUCCAACAUCUUUCCGGGAUGCUGGAAGGCUUCCCUGUUUUUCUUGUCCGCGGGCCUGGCUGUGAUGUCGGUGACCGUGAUGGCUGCUUUACUCGGAUGCUGCGUACAGAGCAUUGGCCGUAAGAGCAUCUUCAAUCUGGCGGGAGUGGCACAGGCCGUUGCCGGAAUAUUGUACCUUUUCGGGAUGAUCUUAUACCCCGCCGGUUGGGGUGCCGAGAGGGUGCAGAGGAUCUGUGGUUCUGAAGCUGACGCUUUUUAUCUUGCUAACUGCAGUCUUGGUUGGGCUUUUUAUAGCGCAGCGAUCGGCGUCGCUCUCACUUUUGUCUGCGCCGCUUUUAGCGGACAGGCGGAGAAGUCGACGGCCAGCGACAAGGUCCAAGACAAAAUGAACGAAGGAAAAACUCUAAUAUGCUUAGCCUGAACGCGCAAAUAAAAUCAGCAAGAGGUCCAAUCUCGCCAAUGGAUAUUCUCGAUAUAAAGCGUCGAAAAGAAAUUCUUGGAGAAUUUAAAAAAAAUAUCCACCUCGUUGUGUUCACUGCAUAACAGAACAAGGAUAACUUUUUUUAUCGAACGGAAUUAUACAAUCAGAAUAAUUAAUUGUGCGAGACUAGAAAGGAUGAAUAUUUACAGAAUGAUAUGAUAGAAUAUUAAAUGUAUGUACUUACAGUCUUCCCACAACUGCCACAAUUUAUAUAGAUGCUGCAAUGUUUUUGCAGAGAAUUCCUAUUUUAUAUUUUAUAAAGUAAGCCAUUUUAUCAUUUAUAAAUGUUCCGUUUUGUUUACUCGAUGUAAAGAGAAUAAAUGUAUUAUCGUAAUGAGAGAUAAUAUAUUUAACAGUAUGAUUUAUCUUAUAAGCACACAUGCAACACACAUUCACACGCACAGACACACACACACGCAUCUGCUCAAUUAAUUUUUCAU